UUUUUUGACUGGAAGUGCAUAAAAGCAAUGAAAUAAAUAUGCACAAAACUGAAACCAUAAGAAAUCUCUAUUGAGAUUCCUCUUCCUCUUCUUUAUCAUCUUUUCCUUUGCUUCGUUCUUCUUCUUCUUCUUCUUCUUCUUCUUCUUCAACUGUUAGAUGCCCACAGAGAGAAAAGAAGCAAUUUUUGAGUUGGGUUUUGACAGCGUUUCAUGGAAGAUGAAGCUCUUUCAUUGUGGCUCCCUCCUCACAGAUUCCAUGAAUAAGAGACCAUGCUAUCGCAACUUUGUUACUCUUGCAAUUUUCCUCUCUAUGGCUUUCCUUGUUGGGGGCCCUUUUCUUGUUAGUGACUACAAACAGAAAUUACUGGGAUGGGGAAUGACUGAUUCCUUUCGGAGCAAGAAGGGUAAUUUAUGCGAGAGUCAAUGCAAGCCUUCAGGGAGUGAGCCAUUACCGAUAGGUAUUGUUAGCAGCACAACAAACUUGGAAAUGCGACCACUAUGGGAUUCUGCGCAAUCUUCCCAAAGAAAGGGAAGUGAAAAGGGUGCAAAGAGCUUGUUAGCCAUUGCAGUUGGGAUAAAGCAAAAGGAAAUUGUCAAUCAAAUUGUUAAAAAGUUCUCUCCCAGUAAUUUCACUGUUAUGCUUUUCCAUUAUGAUGGUGUUGUGGAUGAAUGGAGAGACUUGCACUGGAGCGAUAAUGCAUUGCAUGUUUCUGCAAUAAAUCAAACCAAGUGGUGGUUUGCAAAGCGUUUCUUACAUCCAGAUAUUGUUGCCGAGUACAAAUAUAUUUUUCUCUGGGAUGAGGAUCUUGGGGUAGACCAUUUCCAUCCAGGACGUUAUUUAUCAAUUGUUGAGAGGGAAGGAUUGGAAAUAUCGCAACCUGCAUUGGACACUAGUAAAUCUGAAGUGCAUCAUCGAAUUACUGCACGGAGACGGAAAGGCGAUGCUCAUAGAAGGAUGUACAAGUUCAAUGGUGGCGGUAGAUGCUAUGAGAACAGCACCGCUCCUCCAUGUACUGGGUGGGUAGAAAUGAUGGCACCUGUAUUCUCAAGAGCCGCCUGGCGAUGUGCUUGGCAUAUGAUCCAGAAUGAUUUAAUUCAUGCAUGGGGCCUAGACUACAAGCUCGGUUAUUGUGCUCAGGGUGAUCGAACCAAGAAAGUUGGAGUCGUGGACAGUGAAUAUAUAGUCCAUAGAGGCAUCCCAACCCUCGGUGGCUCUUUUGCUUACAAGACAAAUGAGGAAACACCCGGCCCUUUAACCCAAUCGGAAAUAUAUAGCUCUGGAAUGGGGCUCCGGUCCCGAUCAUCUGACUCCGAAGAUAGAUCAGCACUUCAUUCCAGAUCCUCUGCCACUGAUGACAGAUCGGCGGUGAGGACUAGAUCGUAUGCCGAGCUGAUCAUCUUCAAGCGGAGAUGGGACAAUGCAAUAGCAAAUGAUAGCUGCUGGACAGAUCCGUAUCCGGAACCAGCAGAGAAAAACAAGAAGCCAGCACUAUAAUUAGGACAAUCAUUUAGCAGCUAAAGCAUAUUUCACUAAUUUAUGCAAUGCAGACACCCAAAA